CCGUGCACCACAUUCUCUCUCCUCAUCCCAGGCAGGCAGACUCCCUCUCAGCAGCCAUGUCCUUCUCCAGAUCUAGCAUGUCCUACAGCAGCAGCGGCGGUGGAGGCGGAGGUGGCACCAUGUCCAUGAGGUCUGGAGGUGGAGGUGGAAUGGGUAUGGGCUCCUCCCGCUUCUCCUCGAUGGGUGGUGGUGGUGGUGGAGGAUGCCGCAUCACUGCCAUGAGGGGCGGCAGUGUGUAUGGAGGUGCAGGAGGCUCUGGGGUGCGCAUCUCUAGCUCCUCGUUUGGUUCCGGUGGAGGAGCUGGUGGUUAUGGUUUCGGCAUUGGAGGGGUUGGCGGCGGCGGUGGCAGUUAUGGUUUUGGCAUGGGAGGGGGUGGGGGCGGCAUGGGAGGGGUUGGCGGCGGCGGUGGCAGUAAUGGUUUUGGCAUGGGUGGGGGUGGGGGUGGUGGUGGCGGCGGUGGAGCCGACCUCCAUGUGUCGGCCAAUGAGAAGGCCACAAUGCAGAACCUGAACGACCGCCUGUCCACCUACUUGGAGAAGGUGCGCUCGCUGGAGGCGGCCAACGCCGAGCUGGAGCUGAAGAUCCGUCAGUUCGUUGAGAACAAGACGUCCCCCAGCGCUCGCGACUACUCUGGCUUCUACGCUACUAUCGCCGACCUGCAGGAAAAGAUCCAGGCUGCCACCUGCUUGAACGGAAGCAUCUAUCUGAACAUCGACAACGUAAAGCUCGCUGCAGACGACUUCAGAAACAAGUAUGAGAACGAGCUGGCAAUGCGUCAGUCAGUGGAGGCGGACAUCGCCGGGCUGAAGAGGAUGCUGGACGAGUUGACCAUGGCCAGAUCUGACCUGGAGAUGCAGAUUGAGGGGCAGAAGGAGGAGCUCAUCUAUCUCAAGAAGAACCAUGAGGAGGAGCUGCUUGCCAUGAGGACGCAGAUGACUGGACAGAUCAAUGUGGAGGUGGACGCAGCACCACAGGAGGACCUGACCAGGGUCAUGGCUGAGAUCCGGGAGCAGUACGAGUCUGUUAAUGCCAAGAACCAGCGCGACCUGGAGUCCUGGUUCCAGACCAAGACAUUGACGUUGAACCAGGAGGUGGCGUCCAGCACAGAGGUUCUCCAGACUUCCAAGUCAGAGAUUUCGGAUAUCCGUCGCACACUGCUGGGCCUGGAAGCCGAACUGCAGUCACAGCUCAGCAUG